GCGGAAAGGCAAGAAUUACUAUUCGAAUCGUCGUUUUUCUUGCGUGGCUCUUUUUUGCGGAAGUGUCGCCAGCAUCCGCGACUUUUUCAGUUUUUUCUUAGCGUUUCGCUUUUCUCAGCUACAAGCAUUACAGCUACAAGUUAGGGUACAACUCUUGUCCUCGGCCAUAUCAAAAAAUAUAACAAAAGCAAUAUGUGAAAAAGUCGGCAACAAGUGCCUGCGAAAAACUGUUUUUAUUGACACAUGUAUUUUACAAUUUAUAAGACCCAUAAAUGUGGGUUUAUAAAUAAAAAAGUAAAUAUUUCAACGCACCCAAAAGACAGAGAGAUUGCGGCAAAGAGAGAGGCUACAAAUUUUCAGCGUGCGUGUGUGUGCCAUUGUGGGUAAUUGUUGAUCAAUUGUCAUGUGCAAAAAAGGUAAAAACAAUAACACCCAGCGAAAAUCAUUCAGCAUCAUCAAUGGGAAGCAUUGCAAAAUCAACCAAGUGAAACGGAACCAAAUGAAAAUCGCUAAAAACAACGAGAUUACAGUGACAAGUGGCAAGUGGCAAACGAACUCUCUCGAAAGAUUGCUCUCCAUCCGUACAGUGAAUCGUCGUUACUGGAAUUCAGCAACACGCGGGAUAACUAUGCAAAAAUGUUGAUGUGAUUCACUUAACAAAAAAGCAUACAUAAAAUAUAUAUAAAUGUUUUACAAACAAGUCCUACGAAAUCCGAGAAAAAGCCACGAUAACACUAAAGCUCAAGUUCAGCGAUAAGUUGAUAUUUCAAAGGCUGCUGAGACCCAAGAACAAUGGAGUGAAAAGUCGCCAAGAUCAAGAGUAAUAACAUUAAUAUUCCAGAGACCCACAAACUGUAAAAGGUCGUCAAUAAAAUAAAUAUUCCUCAGCCCCCCGUUGAACGAGAGAAAUACCCAUGAAAAGGCCAUAAAAUCCAUAUCGCCCAGGUUCAAAUGGUGAAGAAAUGAAUAAUAUAACUACCGCGAAUCAAGUGCUGUGAACGGCAAAUUGAAUGGUUCUAAGAAAGUGCUCCAUAAUUGAGACAGGGCGUUGUCGAUAACCAACAUGGGACCUUAAUGACCUGAUGGAAUAUUUUUAUUUAUUAAUAAAUGCUAAAUGCCAGACAUUGGAAGUCAGCCGAUCUGUGCGGUGCAACUUGUGGAGCCUAAGGAUCGAUAUUUUCAGAGCCCAACCCAUUUCAACUUGCUGAAGACCCUAAGAACUGAGAUAUAAGUAAGCUGGAUUUUAACACUAGCAUAGAAAACAGAUCAGACUGUGUAGAGAAUCAAAAUUUAAGUUGGAGCGGAUUUGUUGCUGUUCGCCAACUAUGAAUCAAGCAUACUGAACAGCAAAAGAUACAUAACAAAUUAUAUAUCGUUUGCAUUCUUAGCCAAGUUUUUAUAUAAGCUGGACCUAAGAACAAGCCAAAUAUUUAUUGUCGUAAGGAGAGCAAAGAAUUGAUCACAAUCCCUAUCAAUAUCAGACUGAUUAUAUUUGAUCUGAGCGAGAAAGCCCAGUUUGAACUUGAGAUAGAAGUCCAUGCCACCCUUUGAAGAGGGGGAAAUCAAGACAGAGGAGCAGGAGCAGAUACCUCUAAGGCCGCCCAGACGCCAGAAGAAUAUGAAGUCAGCGGACCAAGAGGCCGCCCAACCGCCGGCGGAGGAUCACGAGGAGGAGCAAUUGCUGCCGGCCAGCGGGGCUGGCAGCCUGCGCUAUGCCCGGGCCAAUUUGAGCCAGAGCAGCCUGAUGCUGAGCCACCAGCAGGGCUCCUUUGAAUCGUCCACCGAGCGAACGGCGAGCAGUGAGACCCUGGAUGUUAUGCCGAUAUCGAGGCGCUACCAGGUGCAUCCGCAGCCGAACCGCUUGGGGAUUCGGCAGACACCCUCGGCCUUGGCGAGCGCACUGCAUGCCACUGCCAGAUUGGCGGCCAGUGUGGAUGCCUAUACGGCGGCGGCUACAGCCACAGCGGCAACCGGCGACUACGGCGAUUAUAUGCGCCCGCAUCCGAACCUCAGUCACGCCCAGCAGCAGUCCCUCACCCAGACAACCCAGGCAACCCAGCCCCUGCACCACCAGCUGCCCGCCCAUCAACUGGGCAAUCUGAGAGCGAGCAAUUUUGUGGGGUCGUCGCGGUAUCUCUAUCACAGCCAGUUCAAUUCGAAUUCGCCGCAAACGAGACGCUUCACUGCGCAGCGAGACGGCUCGCCAGCAUUCGCGGCUUCAGUGGCAGCAGCUUCAGCGGCAGCAGCUUCAGUAGUAGCACCAAUAGCGCCACUAGCACCACUAGCCUCCAUAGCAUCGCCCCCAUUUGCGGCACCGCCGCCGCCCUUUCAGUUGCGCACCUACCAACAGAACCAAUCCUACCGCUUUCAGCCGCGCGGACACCACCGCACCGCCAGCAGCAGCAUGUCGCAGUCCGGCGAGGAUCUCCACUCGCCCACCUACCUGUCCUGGCGGAAGCUCCAGCUCAGUCGGGCCAAGCUCAAGGCCUCCAGCAAGACGUCCGCCCUGCUCUCCGGAUUCGCCAUGGUGGCGAUGGUGGAGGUGCAACUGGAUCACGACACAAAUGUACCACCGGGCAUGCUGAUUGCCUUUGCGAUCUGCACCACCCUCCUGGUGGCGGUGCACAUGCUGGCUCUGAUGAUCAGCACCUGUAUCCUGCCCAAUAUCGAGACGGUGUGUAAUCUGCACAGUAUUUCCCUGGUCCACGAAUCUCCGCACGAGCGUCUACACUGGUAUAUUGAAACGGCGUGGGCCUUCUCCACGCUGCUGGGACUUAUACUCUUCCUACUGGAGAUAGCCAUCCUCUGCUGGGUGAAAUUCUACGACCUGAGUCCGCCGGCGGCUUGGUCCGCAUGCGUGGUCCUCAUCCCGGUGAUGAUCGUCUUCAUGGCCUUCGCCAUUCACUUCUAUCGCUCCCUGGUGUCGCACAAGUACGAGGUGACAGUAUCGGGUAUCCGCGAGCUGGAGAUGCUGAAGGAGCAGAUGGAGCAGGAUCAUUUGGAGCAUCACAACAACAUACGAAAUAAUGGCAUGAACUAUGGCGCCUCCGGAGAUAUUGUCUAGCACCACUUGGCGAUCCGCAGGUGGAUCGAACGAAAAAGACAGCGGCUCAGGGCAAGCUUCAGAUUAUUUUAGUGAAACACAUAUAUUGUAAAUUGUAGUUGAUGGAAAUUGUGAUACGCGGAAUUCAGUAGAUUUCUACUAUAUAUACGUGAACUGUAUUGCGUGUGGAUCGAGUGCUGUGGUCCUUUAUUAUAUAUAUGGCAAUUACAAAGCACGGAUAUUGACAAUGAUAAAAAGACCCCAAUUAAAGCAAUACUUCGAACCACCACGUUCGAUGAAUAUUCCUCAAAAAUUAGCUCAUAUUUGUUACAUAUUUAUAUUGCGUGUAUUUUAAAUUGUAUGCCGUAUUUUUUGGAACCAUCCUAGGCAGUCUUCCCUUUUUACGUUUAAGAAUAGCUUGGACACAACUUGAUUGCUUGUCUUCGCCCUAAUUUAAUGUUAGGCCAAUUGUGUAUGCGAAACCGCGCUGUAAUUUAUACUGUAUAAUUUAUGAUUAAACCAUUUUUCUAUAAACGGUGUUGGAGUUUUAUUUUUAUCCGUGAUACAUAGGUGAACAAUAUAUACAGAAUUAAUCUGCAAUGUUGUAUUUCAGAGUCAUGAUGUAUUCUUACGCAGCGAGAAAGUAAUUGUAAUAGAAAAUAAUUUAAAAUGUACUGCAACACAGUUUUAUAUUUAUAGAUAUGCAAAGGAAUUCCAAUAAUUUGGUAAAAUAUAACAGUCUAUUUUCGAUAUUUACCCAUGUAAGCUAAAUAGCGCUGUAAAUUAUACGACUGAUUAAACGAU